AUGUCCUUGUGGCAACAGGUGCGGAGUUUAAUAUUGAAUAGAAAUUAUAGAGAUUCACAAGUCAACUUCCCCAUUGUUGAAAGUCCGAAGUCACCUGUUUCUGGACUACUAUAUUUUGUUGCACGCCACUUCUACAUUUUUGCAGCGACUGCCACUGCCUUCUAUAUCCUAAUACCAUCCUUUCCAUACCUUAGGUCGAACAAGAAGAUGUUUACCAAGCGACCCGAUAAGCAUACCACUGGGCUUAUAAAUUUGAGGAAUGAUUGUUUUGCUAACUCAACACUUCAGGCAUACCUGUCACUUCCGGGACUUACGGAGUAUUUGAACCAGUUCAUAUCCGAAUUUGAAAAACUUGCUCAACUCAUGAUAAAACACAAUAUCGCGGAAGACUUGAAAGUUGAUACCAGUGAAGGUACCAAAUCAAGGGAUAAGAACUCUAAGUUCGAAAUUCCUUUGCAUAUUGCAUUAGCGGAAAUUGUCAAAAAGUUACAAGAAACUCAGAUGACUACAAGAACAAUUUCAGUGUGGACAUUUUUACAUUCAUUAGAGAAGAUUUUUGAUGCUAGAAUAUCAAGGUCUCAGCACGAUGCACACGAAUUAACCCUAUUGAUUAACGAAACUUUGGAAAACGAAAAUGUAAAAAUUGUGAAAAACUACCGCCUUUGGUGCUCUAAAUUUCAGGAUAAUGUUCAUGCUAUUGAUGAGUUGGAGAGUAUUGAUAUUCCAGAAUUUCCAUUCAGUGGCUUGAUCUUAUCGCAAAUGAGAUGCUUAACUUGUUCUCACGUUUCGAAACCGAGCUUUUCCCCCUUUUUGAUGCUUACAUUGCAUACUCCUCAAAAAGUUUCGACCAACCUUGAGUCCAUGUUAGAGGAAAACGACUCAGAGUCCAUCGAAGGGUAUCAGUGUAUCAAAUGUAGGGUUUCAAAAAUUGUCGAAAAUGAGAUGCAUCGGCAAGCACAGGGUAAAAGUGUAUCACCUGAUGAGGCUGAUUUCAUUAACAAACUCAAAGAACUUGAUAGUGAUCCUCAAUUGAGUAUCAAUAGGGACCUUGAAAGCAGUUUGGAAGACUACGUAAAGUCUUACAAAAAGAUGGAGUAG